UUAUCCAAUUAGAGGGCUUGUAGGGAUUGUUUUGGAGGCGGUGCUUGAUACUUUCCAGUACCAUAGGAUUCUGGGUAAAGCUGCUUCCUGUUCGUGUUUACUCUAGGCGCAAAGAUGCCGGAGCGAGAGAGUGAUAUGUUUUCUAACCCUCUGGCCCCUGAAGGCCAUGAAGUGGAAGACAUUCGUUCGUAUCAGCAAUCGAAACUGACAAACGAUGACUUCCGAAAACUGCUUAUGACUCCACGUUCAACUCCUUCUUCAGCUCCUCCUACAAAAUCCCGCCAUCAUGAAAUGCCACGUGAAUAUAAUGAGGAUGAAGAUCCAGCAGCUCGAAGAAGAAAGAAAAAAAGCUACUAUGCUAAGCUGCGACAACAGGAGAUAGAGCGAGAGAAAGAACUAGCAGAAAAAUACAGAGACAGAGCCAAGGAACGACGAGAUGGUGUUAACAAGGAUUAUGAAGAAACUGAGCUUAUCAGCACUACAGCCAACUACAGGGCUGUGGGGCCAACAGCCGAAGCUGACAAAUCUGCAGCAGAGAAGAGGCGCCAGUUGAUCCAGGAGUCCAAGUUCUUGGGUGGUGACAUGGAGCACACUCACUUGGUGAAAGGCCUGGAUUUUGCUUUGCUGCAGAAGGUCCGUGCUGAGAUUGCCAACAAAGAAAAAGAAGAAGAGGACAUAAUGGAGAAACCCCAAAAGGAAACAAAGAAAGAUGAGGAUCCAGAGAACAAAAUAGAAUUUAAAACUCGACUUGGUCGCAACGUCUACCGUAUGCUGUUUAAACCAAAAGCAUAUGAAAGGAACGAGCUGUUCCUGCCUGGCCGAAUGGCAUAUGUUGUGGAUUUAGAUGAUGAAUAUGCAGACACAGAUAUCCCAACCACACUCAUACGCAGCAAAGCUGACUGUCCCACCAUGGAGGCUCAAACUACUCUCACCACCAAUGAUAUCGUCAUCAGCAAGCUUACUCAGAUCCUGUCCUACCUAAGGCAAGGAACGAGAAACAAAAAGCUGAAGAAGAAAGACAAAGGACGUCUAGAUGAAAAGAAACCACCCGAAGCUGACCUGAAUAUUUUUGAUGAUAUUGGAGACUAUGUCCCGAGUACAACCAGAGCUCCACGGGAAAAGGAGCGUGAGAAGCACAGAGAGAAGGAUCGGGACAGAGAAAGGGAACGCCCACGUGAACGAGAACGAGAUCGGGAUCACGACCGAGAGCGGGAAAGAGACAGAGAGAGAGCCAGAGAAAGAGAGAGAGAGCGGGAAAGGGAAGAAGAAAAAAGGAGGCACAGCUACUUUGAGAAACCCAAAGCUGAUGAUGAGCCUACUGAUGCUGACAAAGGACCUGGAUCUACCAAGGACCUUCUAAAAUCCAUCAAUGAGAAUUUUGCUGGUGCUCCUGGAUGGGAGGGAGUAGAAUCAUUGAAGAAACAUGAAGACACGCAAGUGGGAGAUUUCUUUGGAAUGUGGAACAGCUACGCUGAAUGUUACCCAGCCACCAUGGAUGCCAUGGCAGUGGACAGUGAUGAGGAAGUGGAUUAUAGUAAAAUGGACCAGGGUAACAAAAAGGGCCCCUUAGGCCGAUGGGACUUUGAUACACAGGAAGAAUACAGCGAGUAUAUGAACAACAAAGAAGCAUUACCCAAGGCUGCUUUCCAGUACGGCAUUAAAAUGUCCGAAGGGCGUAAAACACGGCGCUUCAAAGAGACUAACGAGAAGGCCGAGCUGGACAGACAGUGGAAAAAAAUUAGUGCAAUUAUUGAAAAACGGAAGAAACUUGAGGCGGAUGGGGUUGAAGUGAAGAGGCCUAAAUACUGAAGAGUUCCAACCUGAACCUUUUUAUUUUUAGCCAGGCUGUAAUUUACACUGUAGCUUAUACUUAGUGGAUGUGUAUAACCAUGUGCUGGAAAUAAAGUCAAGUGAUCAUGGAAACCCCAAGUAAUGUUUAAGGCUCGACAGGUUUUAUGUUCAUUGGCUCUUCAUACAUCUGCUUGUGUUUCUAUUAGUAACUGAGUGCUCUUUGUCAUAUUUGAUUCAGUCAUUAAAUAUUUAAACCCUC